AGAGGAAAAAGAGCAAUCGCACCCUGAGUCAUAUACCGCGAAAACGCAUCUAGCUACAUGUGGAGGGCAAGAGGAAGAUUUUUGAGGACCAAAAGGGUGUGGAGAAGCAAUUGAGGUACGAGGAUAUUGUUCACCCCGUCAACGGAAAGUGAAAAAACAGCGACCCCUGGAACCUCAUUUACAUUUGAGGGACACGGUCACUGCCCAGUGCAGGUAAAGAGAGCAGCCACCAGCCAACCGGAAAAGGAAUCCAAUGCGGGAGGCGGGAAUUUUCCUUAAGAGAGAAGAAGGGCCUUCCUUCUGCUGGAGGUGGAGUCAAUCUUAACGUCGGGGCUUUCGGAGAACCAAGUGCCUAAAAUUCUGGAAGGAAUAAAUAAGACGACUCUGGGAGAAUGAAAAUUUGUGCAAGCCCGGGCGCGAUGGCGCACACGUGUAGUCCCAGCUACUGGGGAGACCAAGGCAGGAAGAUCGCUUGAGCCCAGGAGUUCCAGGCUGCAGUGAGCUAUGAUCGCACCUAUCAAUAGCCACUGCACUACACAGCCUUGGCAACCCCUUCAUGAGGAAAAAAAGAAAAAAGAAAAAAAAAGUUGUGCAAGAAAAGUAAUCACAGGAUACUACCUGACUGACCUAUAAAUAUUAUUUACAUAGUCAUCAUAAUGUAAAUUCUAAUUCUGAUCCAACCUAAAUUAAGACAAUUCCAUUGGAAGAAUGAGAAGGAAAUUCCUGCAUGCAGUGGAGUGUUUAUAUUUAUAACAGAGUUUUCACGUGUCCUUCAUGAUACAUCUAUAGAAAAUGCCCCAAAAUGCAAACUCCAUUUCAGAAACAUACCAUGUUUCUUAAAAUAUCAAAUCUGUGAAGAGUGAAAAGCUUUACAGAACUAUAUGACUCCUUAGGAGAAUUGCAAAAUAAAAGCAAGAAUCUUAUGACUCAGGAAUUCCACUCCUGGAUACUUAUACAACAGUAAUGAAAUUAUAUGUCCUCACAAAGACUCACAAGAAUGUUCUUAGCACCUUUAUGCAUAAUACCCUGAACAGGAAACAGUCCAAGUGUCCAUCAGUAGAUGAAUGUAUAAGCAAAUUGCAGUGUAAUCAUACCCUGGGAUGCUACUGAACAAUAAUAAAAGAACAAAUCAUAGAUGUAUGCACCAACAUAGAUAAAUCUCAACAACCUUAUGAAGGGGGCCAGCCCCUCCACACCUGUGGGUAUUUCUCAUCCGGUGGGAUGAGAGACUGAGAAAAGAAAUAAGACACACGGACAAAGUAUAGAGAAAGAACAGUGGGCCCAGGGGACCAGCACUCAGCAUACGAAGGACUCGUGCCAGCACUGGUCUCUGAGUUUCCUCAGUAUUCAUUGAUCACCAUCUCUACCAUCUCGCUGGAACCAUCUAGUUGCAGGAAAACAAGCUCAGCACUACCACUGAUUCUACAUUAUGGGCUCACUGUCAUUCAGGGAUGUAGCUGUGGGUUUCACCUGGGAAGAAUGGCAGCUACUGGACCCUGUUCAGAAGAAUCUGUACCAAGAUGUGAUGUUGGAAAAUUAUAGCAACCUGGUAUCACUGGGCUAUCAAGUUACCAAAGCAGAUGCAUUAUUCUGGUUGGAGCAAGGAAAACCAUGGAUACUAGAGGAAGAAAUCCACAGUCAGGUUUGUCCAGAAGAUGCCUGGCAAGUCAAUGAUCACACAGAAUGGCACCGAGAAAACCAAAGCAGCCUUGAAACUAUGGACAGACACCACAAAUAUCAUACAUUUGGCAACAUAACAUCUCAUCUGAGCUCAAACCUUCAUACCCCUUUUAUACUUGGGAAACACCUGAAUCCUAAUCUAGAGUACUUUAUUCAAAACAGAAGCUAUGGAAGAAAUGAAGGUGAAUGUAAUGGAUAUGAUAAAGUAUUUCUUUAUCCUAAGCAUGAGAAAAUUCAUGCUGAAGAGAAAUACAGUGAAUAUGAUGAACAUGUAAAGGCUUUCAGUCAUAAGUCACAGCUCAUAAAACACUGGAAAACUCAAAAACGAGAGAAACAGUAUGACUGCAAUGACUGUGGGAAAGCCUUUUCCCAGAAGUUGGACCUCUUUAAGCAUCAAAGAACACAAAGAGGAGAGAAGCCCUAUGGAUGCAGUAGAUGUCAGACAGCCUUCAGCUGGAAGUCCUAUCUCAUUUUACACGAGAGAACCCAUACAGGAGAGAAACCUUAUGAGUGCAAUAAAUGUGGGAAAGCUUUUACUGAUAAGUCAUGCCUUAAUAAACAUCAACGAACUGACACAGGAGAGAAAUGCUUUGAGUGUCAUACAUGUCAAAAAGGUUUUAGUGAUAAGUCAAAACUCACUUUCCAUCAAAGAACUCAUACUGGAGAGAAACCCUAUGGAUGCAGCAAAUGUCAGAAAAGCUUCAGCAGUAAGUCACAGCUCAUGAUCCAUCAGAGAGCUCACACAGAAGAGAAACCCUAUGGUUGUGAUGAGUGCGGGAAAACAUUCCCCCUUAGGUUUAACCUCAUUUUACAUCAAAAAAUCCAUACCAGGGAAAAAUCGUAUGGGUGUAAUGAAUGUGGGAAAGCCUUCAUCCAGAGAUCUGAGCUCAGUAGACAUCAGAGAACUCACACAGGAGAGAAACCAUAUCACUGCAGUGAAUGUGGAAAAGGCUUUAGUGUAAAGUCAUUCCUCAAUACUCACUGGAGAACUCAUAUGGGAUAGAAACCCUAUGGAUGCAACGAAUGUGGGAAAAUGUUCUCCAUCAAGUUUAGUCUCAUCCUACACCAAAGAACUCAUACAGGGGAAAAACCCUAUGAAUGCAGUCAGUGUCAGAAGACUUUCAGCCAAAAGUCACACCUGAAUAUUCAUCAGCAGUCUCACACUGGAGAGAAACCUUAUGAAUGUGGAGAAUGUCACAAAGCCUUCAGCCGGAAGUCCUAUCUCCUGAUCCAUCAGAGAAUUCACUCAGGAGAGAAGCCUUACAAAUGCCUUGAGUGCGGGAAGACUUUCUCUCGUAAGUUUAGUCUCACUACUCAUCAGAGAAUCCAUACAGGAGAGAAAUCCUAUGGAUGCAGUGAAUGUGGGAAAACUUUUCCCAUCAAGUUUAGCCUGGUUUUACAUCAGAAAACACAUACAGGAGAGAAACCCCAUGAAUGCAGCAAAUGUCAGAAAUCUUUUGCCCAGAAGUCACAUCUUAUUAUACAUCAAAGAACGCAUAUAGGUGAGAAACCUUACGAAUGCACUGAAUGUUGGAAAACCUUCUUCCGCAAAUUCAGCCUCAUUCUACAUCAGAAAACACACAAAGGAGAGAAAUCAUAAAUGAAGUGAACAUCUGAAGUUGGCAGUGAGAAGGACUAGCUCAUUAUACCACAAGGUUAAUGUAAGAGUGAAACCUCAAGGCUGCAGCAAAUGUGAACAAACUUUAAUUUCAAGCUUACACAUAAUUUCUUAUCAGAGAAUAGUUCUGGGCAUGAUGCCAGUCAGGAGGUAAUACCUGUUUCAAUAAAUGUCAAUUGAAUAUAAGCCAGAGGGAACAAACAGGAAGGAACAUCUGUGUAUUACUGAUUAUGGGGAUGUUGUUGGCAUAAUAUGCAGUUACAUCAGUUUCAGAUAAUUGACACUAAAGAAGAAAUUCUGUACUUUAGGUGAGGUGCAGUGGCUCACACCUGUAAUCUCAGCACUUUGGGAGGCCAAAUUGGAAGGAUCGUUUGAGCUUAGGAGUUCGAGACCAGUGUUUUCAACAUAGGGUUCCAUCUCUACAAAAAAAUACAAAAAUUAGCUGGAGAUAGUGCUACUCAGGAGGCUGAGGCAGAGAAUUACUUGAGCCAAGAGGUGGAGGUUUCAGUGAGCCAAGAUUUUGCCAGCCUGGGUGACAGCGUGUCUAAAAUAAAUAAAUAAAUAAAUAAGGAAAAGAAAAAACAAAUUUGUAAUUUUGUAUGUUAAUGAAUCUGGGAAAUCAUGCUUUCAUCUGUAUUUUUUUCCUGCUCUUGUUAUAUAAUCAGCAUUAUAGAAAGUAUUGUAUUAAAUAUGUAAAUAAAUAUGCUUGUCAGAAAACAAAGCAAAAAAUAUCAGAACAAUACC